GUCGGAUUCGAUUCGCCAUCGUACCUUAGCUCACGACGGACGAACACUCUCGGUGAAAUGGAUUGAGUCAUGCCUGCCAUCAACGAUGUAAUCCCACAAUGCCGCUCAUUAUUCAUAUGAGGUCAAUUGGCCGCCCGCUAGUCCAGCUGGGCUCGCUGCGCCUGCGGCCUGCACUCGCUCACAGCUGCCAUGCGUGGCCGGCGGUUCGACACGUCGGCGCCACAGCUUGGACGCGGACAUACGCCGACGCCAAGUUGGAUCUGCCCGCUCUCGACGCCAAAUGGCGGCAGAAAUGGGCUGCGUUGCCGGAAACCGCCUGUGAAACCAGCAGCGGGGCCAAGGACAAAUACGUCCUCCCCAUGUUCCCGUACCCCUCGGGCUACUUGCACCUGGGACACCUCCGUGUGUACACCAUCGCCGAUGUCGUCGCGAGAUAUCACGCCCUGCAGGGGCACAACGUCCUGCUCCCCAUGGGCUGGGAUGCGUUUGGACUGCCCGCAGAGAACGCCGCCAUCGAGAGGGGCGUCAACCCAGCCGCCUGGACGAGGGCAAACAUUGCCAAGAUGAAGGAGCAGCUCGGCUUGAUGAACGGGUCAUGGGACUGGUCUCGCGAGCUGGCCACCUGCGACCCGAGCUUCUACAAGCACACCCAAAAGAUCUUCCUGCUGCUGCUGGAAAAAGGGUUGGCCUACCAGGCCGAGGCCGAGGUCAACUACGACCCCGUCGACAAGACGGUGCUGGCGAACGAGCAGGUCGAUGCGAACGGCUGCUCGUGGCGGUCCGGCGCCAAGGUUGAGAAGAGGAAGCUGAAGCAGUGGUUUCUUCGCAUCUCCGCGUUCCAAGAGUCGCUGCUGCGGGACCUGGAAGUGCUGGCGAAGGACGGAGCCUGGCCCGAGAGGGUCCUGGCAAUGCAGAAGAACUGGCUCGGCAAGUCGACGGGCGCCACCAUCAAGUUUCCCAUCAUGGCCUUCGAGCACGGUAUGCAUGCUGCCAUCGAGGUCUUCACCACCCGGCCGGACACCCUCUUUGGGGUGCAGUAUCUGGCGCUGGCCUCGACGCAUCCCGUCGUUGCCCAGUUGGCAGAGAGAGACCCCGAGCUGCAGGCCUUCCUGGAUACGCUGCCCGGCCUGCCCCCGGAUUCUAAGCUGGGAUACCUGCUGCCCCACAUCCGCGCCAUCAACCCGCUCGCCUACCACGCGGAUACACCCGAGGCCACGAAGCAGUCGAUCCCGGUGUACGUAGCGCCGUACGUCAUCGGCGACUACGGCGAAGGCGCCGUGAUGGGAGUUCCGGGGCACGACGUGCGUGAUCACGCCUUCUGGAAGACGCACCACUUCGACGAGCCAGUCAGGUUCGUUCUCGCCGGCUCCGAGGACGAAUCGACGACGGCGAUGUUCAACGAUCCGUUCGUGGACCACGGCAUCAUGACAGAACACGGCGGGCCGUACAAGGGCAAGCCGUCCAAGGAGGUUGGUCAGAUGCUUGUUGCGAUGCUCCAGCAGGCGGGACUCGCCCAGCCGGUCGAGAAAUGGCGCCUCAGGGACUGGCUCAUCAGCCGCCAGCGGUACUGGGGCACGCCGAUCCCUGUUGUGCACUGCGACUCAUGCGGAGCCGUGCCGGUCCCUGAUGAGCAGCUUCCCGUGGUGCUGCCCGAGGUUGACGCGCACUGGGCCGGCAAGAAGACGGGCAACCCGCUCGAGACGCUCGAGGACUGGGUGAACACAUCAUGUCCGAAGUGUGGCGGGCCGGCGAAACGGGACACCGAUACCAUGGACACGUUUGUCGAUUCGAGCUGGUACUACAUGCGCUUCAUCGACCCGCAUAACCAGGAUGCUCCGUUCUCGCCCGAGAAGGCGGCGUCCAUGCUGCCGGUCGAUCUCUACAUCGGAGGCGUCGAGCACGCGAUCCUGCACCUGCUUUAUGCCCGUUUUAUCUACAAGUUUCUAAUGACCUCGUCGCUCGCGCCCGGGAAUGGGGAAUCCUCGGACCCCCUGGUUCACGAGCCCUUCCAGCGGUUGAUCACCCAGGGCAUGGUGCAUGGUAGAACGUUCAGCGACCCGUCGACGGGCAGAUUUCUCAAGGCAGACGAGGUAGACCUGAGCGACCCCGCGAGGCCAAAGGUCAUCGCUACAGGCGAGACGGCGACAGUCUCGUACGAAAAGAUGUCCAAAUCCAAGCACAACGGCGUCGACCCGACCGAUGUCAUCGCGCAGCACGGAGCGGACGCCACCCGGGCGCACAUGCUCUUCCAAGCGCCCGUCAGCGAGGUCCUCGACUGGGACGGCGACAAGAUCGUCGGCGUGACCCGCUGGCUGGGGCGGGUGUACGAGCUGGUGCAGAAACUCGGCCCCGCCGCCGCCGAUGCCGACGUCGCGGAGACGCCGAGAAGCUACUUUGAGGCCGCCGCACACAGACUUUCCUCAUUGAGCACAGAGGAGCAGGCGCGGUGGGACGCCGACGUGGCGCUGUGGCGGUGCGUGCAGAAGACGAUCGCGUCGGUGGCGGCCUCGUACGAGAAGGUGUACGCGCUGAACACGGUCGUGUCGGACCUCAUGGCCCUAACCAACGCCAUCCAGGAGCGCGCCGGCGCGGCGAGCGGGCUGGUGCAGCGGCACGCCGUGUUGGCGCUGCUGCGCAUGAUGGCGCCCAUCACGCCCGCGUUCGCCGAGGAGUGCUGGAGCCUGCUGGGCAUGCAGCCGGCGGCCGGCGGCGGCGGGGGGUCGAUGUUCCGCGGCGCGGGCCGGGCAAGGUUCCCCGGGCUGGACGGCACGCUGGAGCUGGAGCUGCUGCAGCCACGGAUGCAGAGCUGCGCGGUGCAGGUGAAUGGGAAGCUGAGGGCCGUGGUGCAGAUCCCGACGCCGAACGGGCUGGCGGGGGACGAGCUGCGGGCCUGGAUCGUGGCGGAGAUCCUGAAGACGGAGGAGGGCAGGGCCAAGCUGGCGAACGGGAGCGUUGAUGUGACUAGGGCGAAGAAGGUCAUUGUCAUCCGGGACGGGAAGCUUGUAAACUUUGUAUUUUAGUUAAUGUACAACAGCCGGCCUAACUACCUUAUGCAUGGAUAGUUGGCAUAAAUAGACGGGUUAGAUGCUUGCCAC